AUGGUUUCACUGCAACUAGAUUGUAAUUUAAGUGCGAAUCGUUCAUUGUUGGAUUCGUUAAUUUCGAGCCCAGCAAAAAAAACAGAUCAUGUUGCUGGCGAACGACACGUGCAAAUAUUUAUGAAGCAGUUAUUAUGUGCACUGAAAUGCAUGCACGACAGGAAGAUUGCUCACUUGGAUAUCAGACCUGAAGUAAUUCUUUUACAAGAUGAUCAUCUUCAGCUGGCUGAUUUUGGCCAAAGCAGGCGGUUGAUACGUGGUAAAGUUAUAGCCAACAUAAUGGGCAGCCCGGAAUUUGUUUCACCAGAAAUUGCAGCCGGUAUUCCGGUUACACUUGCUUCUGAUUUAUGGAGUAUCGGUACUCUCACUUAUGUUUUGCUCUCCGGCAUUUCGCCAUUCCUUGGUGACAAUGAUACGGAAACGGUGCGAAAUGUUAUCCUAGGCAACUAUACACUUGAUACUGAAGAAUUCAACCAAAUUUCCAGUGAUGCCAAAGAUUUUAUUUCGAAACUGCUAGUUCUUGAUCCAUGUGGUCGUCUAAAUGUUGACCAAGCGCUGCGUCAUCCGUGGCUUUCGAAAGAAUUCUUGGAAAAUGCUCCAGUAACGUCGGAAUGUUUGCGAGAAUUCAAAUAUAAGCACAAAUGGCUGGAAAGGCGGGUAUUCGUUCAGCAAACUCCAUCCGAUCAAUUAAUGAGUAUUGUACAGGCUCCCAAUUUAAAUCUGGUUGGUUCAAAUUUGCCGCAACAUAUGCAAGGUUUAGCUCAUAGUGAGCCCUACGAUAUUUACGAUUAUUUACGAAUCAAAGAUCAUGUUUCACCACGUGAUGUUAUCUGCGAAAGUACAUCGAAGCGACAUCUGCAACCACAGAAGAUGGAUGAAAUAAGAUCUCGAAGGCUAUUGCAGCAAAAAUCGCAGGUUUCGGCAGAUUUUUCCGAUCACCCGAUGUUACCUUUAGAGCUCGUUCACGGAGAGCAUCGUGAAAUUGAGGAAGAAAUUGCAAAUCGGAUUUUAUCAGACAUUUCCGAAGAAACAUCAAUAACUGGUUCAGUAGUUUCACAUGAUGAACCAGAAUCAACGCAUAAAAUAUCUGAGAGACAAAUGAGACAAACGAAAAGUCAUAGUAAGUCAUCUACUCCACAAGUGGAAGGGUUUUCAUUGGAUGGUACACCAGCUGCUUCACCAGUUGGAACAGGAAGUGCCGGCACAUCGCUUCCGGAAUGUUAUUCUAAUAUUGAUGUGUAUCGACAUCCAAUACAGUUAGAUCCGAGUAUCCCGCCUGGAGCACCGCUUUUCCUCGAAGGACUCGAGCAUCAUCCUUUAGUACUUGAAGAUGUACUGUCGGAUACACGAAGUCCACUCAGCUUGCCAUCGUUGCCGGGCACAAAAAGUCCUGUACUGCUAUCACCGAUAAAAGAAUAUACCAUGGGAGUAGUAAUUGCUACCAAGCAAGGGACAAAGGGGAUUGCUGAAAUCGCGAUAUCGACACCAGAAAUUCUUGAAAUAGAAAAAAGGCCUGAAAAGCAGAGGGCUAAUGAAAGGACGCAUGAAGACGAAUUUGAAAAUUUUAUGAAUGAAAUUGAGAAGGCGAAAAAAAAGAGAAAGGAAGAGCGUGAAGAAAUGGAACGGUUACGUCCAAGGAACGUUUAUGAUGAGGAGAUCGACUUUAGAAAGCCGGACACCGAUGAGGAUGAGUUUCCAUGGGAAAGUCGAUAUCAGAUUGGUCCCGAAACACUUUUACUUGCAACACGUGGUGCAGGCUUCAAUGCACGUGUCCGUGAUUACCGACGGGAGUUAUGGGGUGAUGGUGCACCAUUGGUAAAUCAAGGAUAUCUCGGUUAUCGAAAUCAAGAUAUUACUGUAAGGGAAAGGAGGAGAUUCACUGAUUUAAUGCGUGAGGAUGAAAAUAUCGCGAAAUCAGUGGAGAAUUUGGAACGCAGUAUGCGUGGAUCUCAUCUUGGUGCUAUAAGACGUAUUCGCAGUGAUAUCAGCAAAGCAGUACCGGCAGCUUCCAGAGAAAAUGGAACCUUCGGUGCUAUUUUCCGGAACCGAUUAAAGGAUGUAGCAUUUGUGGGAAACAAAUGCACAGUGAUAUUUAAAUGUGCAGUGGUUGGUAAUCCACAACCAACUGUUGAAUGGUUUUUUAAUGGAAGUCUUGUUGUGGAUGACCACAAACAUAAGAUAUUUUAUGAGAACAGUCACUGUCAACUAGUAAUCCAAAUGACUGACAUAACCGAUCUUGGUGAAUACUCUUGUAUUGCGUCCAACGAACAUGGUAUUGAUAGGACCAUUGCUCGACUAAUUGCAGGAGAUACACCGGCGCCACCCGGUCGACCUGAUAUCGAGCUUUCAUCGGACACGGAAGUGUUCAUUACCUGGGAACCACCGCAGAUGAGCCAUUGUCUGGAAUGUUUUAUGUAUAAAUUGGAAGUUCGACCUGCAGGAGAAAAUGAUCAUUUCUCGGAAUGGCGUCUUAUUUCGGAUAAAAUCGAAGAUGAAGCAGCGAUCGUUCGACACUUAACACCACAAGGCAUCUAUCAAUUCCGAGUGAUCGCUAAAAAUGAAUUCGGUUGGGGUAUUCCAUCAUUGACAUCUCGAAUCAUACAAACACAUCCUAAAGGUUCACCAAAACUACAAGUUGAAAAACUUCAAGGUCAGUGUCGUUUGUGUGUCAUUUCGAAACCACCGCAGACACGGCUAAUUUCAAAGUCUAAGAAGCUUGGUGAGAUUACUGAGGAGGAUGAAGAAAAGACUGAAGCAGAAGAAAUUACUUCAAAAGAACAAACUCAGAUUUUAACCUUGAAUACUUCAGAAGAUCCACAGAAACGCUUUCGGCUCAUUACUCCGAUACCUCGUGGUCGAUUCGGGGAAAUUGCAUUUGCCAUCGAUACGUUUCGAGAGUCAGACGCUGACUGUAUGGCCAAAAUUCGGAAUAUUAGCGUUGAAGGUGCUAAUGGCACCAUCGAAUUCGAAGCCAUGAAGGAUUGUCAACAAGAGAAUAUUGCCCAUCUGAUAGCGGCUUAUCAGCGGAGUGAUCUAUUGUUUCUGUUUGUGGAACGAUAUCAGGAUGAUAUUUUUGAACGAUUUACAUGUCGUGAUAAUUAUAAUGAGGAGCAGAUAAGUAGAGUUGUAGUACAAAUAGCAUCCGCUCUUCACUGGAUUCAUUUCAAAGGUUACGUGCAUAUGGAUGUACAAGCAACCAAUGUUUUGUUCGCAUCCCGUCAAUCUUGGCAAAUUAAACUUACCGACUUUGCUUCAGCGCAAAAUAUUGGUCAUGAAAUUAAACAACCAUUAAAACCAAACCUGUACUGGACUUCACCAGAAAUACUCCGUACAGACGGGAAAAAAACUCCUAUCACAGCUCAGACAGAUAUUUGGAGUCUUGGUGUGAUUACUUUCUGCUUACUGAGUGGAUUCCAUCCAUUUGCUUCAACAGAUGAUUCGGACGAUGAAAUUAAGGAAAAUACUAUUUAUCAGAAAUGCAAUCCAAAUUUGAUCCAAGUACAAGCAACGGAGGAAUCGUUGAAAUUCGUAACUUGGGCACUGAAGAAGGAUCCGAUGAGACGUAUGCGGACUGAUGAAGCACUAACACAUCGUUGGCUCAGUAUGGAUGCAGUAAUGAUACGUCGACGUGAAGUAGUCAACUACCCAAGUAGUCGACUUCGAAGAACGGCCAUCUUGACGGCCAGUCAUACUAAAGACAACCCGCCACCGAUGACCCAUUUAGUGCACCAUUAA